UGAUUGGCCCUUGGGUGCUUGUGACAGAGCAAGAACCAGUUCAAUAGCCACUGAUUCACUAGAAUUUUUUUUUAGAAGAGGAGGGAAACUUGAGGGAAGUGACCCACGGUUUAUCAUAUCAACAAUCUGUUUGUUUUUCUUGCCCUACAAGCCAUCUAUUAAAAGUCAGGGAUGGGCAGUUCAUUCCUAGUAUUGCAGGCAGCAGGUUGGGCUCAUGUUCAGCUGCCUCUGCUUUUGACUAGGUUUUGUCGCACCAUGUCUUCUCAAAAACAUCUGAUGCCACCCCCUGGAACUCUAUUAAAGCCACUGUCUAUCCCAGACAGGCUAUUGCUGGGCCCUGGGCCCUCCAAUUGCCCCCCACGGAUCUUGUCUGCAGGUGGUCAACAGCUCAUAGGACAUGUCCACAAAGAGAUGAUCCAGAUAAUGGAUGAGAUCAAGCUAGGAAUCCAGUAUGCAUUCCAGACACAAAACCCACUCACACUGGCUGUCAGUGGUACUGGCCACUGUGCCAUGGAAGCUGCCUUCCUGAACAUAGUGGAGCAUAAAGACAAAGUGCUGAUCGCUGUGAAUGGAUUUUGGGGCGAACGAGCAACUGACAUUGCUAAGCGGCUUGGUGCAGAUGUUUACCAACUUGUAAAAGCCCCUGGAGAGUAUUUUACUCUAGAAGAAAUAGAGAGGAGCUUGGUGCAGCACACUCCAAUUUUGUUUUUCAUCACUCAUGGAGAAUCAUCUACUGGAGUGGUUCAGCCAUUAGAUGGCCUUGGAGAACUUUGUCACAGACAUAAUUGUUUGCUGCUAGUGGAUGCUGUAGCAUCGCUAGGGGGUACUCCAGUUUUCAUGGACCGACAAGGAAUUGACAUUCUGUACUCUGGUUCCCAGAAAGUCUUAAAUGCUCCUCCUGGUGCUUCUCCCAUCUCUUUCAGCACGAGAGCCAGGAAGAAGAUUCACAACAGGAAGACGAAACCAACUUCCUUCUACCUGGAUAUGGAAGAACUGUCUAAAUACUGGGGUUGUGAUGACAGCCUAAUAAGGUACCAUCAUACUGCACCUAUCAACACAUUCUUUGGCCUACGAGAGGGAUUAGCAAUUCUUGCAGAACAGGGACUUGAGAACUUCUGGAAGCAUCACAAGGAGACUAGUUUGUAUCUGUGUGAAGGGCUGAAGAAACUAGGUCUUCAACUCUUUGUAAAGGAACCGGAGGCAAGGCUUCCCACAAUCACCACUAUUUCUGUACCUAAAGGAUAUGACUGGAAGGAAAUCACUGAAUACAUCAUGAAAAAUCAUAGGAUUGAAGUUUCAGGAGGCCUGGGCCCCUCAGCAGGCAAGGUUUUUCGAAUAGGACUGAUGGGCUACAACUGCACUAAAUUCAAUGUUGACAGAGUUCUUCAUGCCCUGGAAGAUGCCUUUCAACACUGUUUGAAGAACAAACUGUGAGACCUCCACCUUUAUCUCUAUUCUCAUCCAGUGCACUUAGUGCUAUAUCAUCAAGCAUUUAUUCCAUUCCACCACAGUUCACAGCACUAAUAAUUGAUAUCUUCUGUGCAGAAGAGAAAAACUACAUUAAACAAGCAACAAAACUGA